CGUUGGCCUACCUGUCCACCCGCUCCUUGCUGAACUUCUCGAUCAAUCUUCGCGUGCUCCGCGACGUGGCCGUUGCCGCUCGUUCGCCCCUUUUCGCGUCGUCUGAGGCACGUCCCAGGUCGUUUUUGGACGUGGGGUGCGGGCCGGGGAGUGCUCUCCUUGCUGCACACACCCUCUGGCCCGACAUCCCGCGGUUGGACGGCGUGGACCACAGCCAAGCCAUGCGGGAUCUCACCAAGCACGUGGUCGAAACGGGGGGGAAAGACCAGGACGGGCGGGGCGACAGGCUUGUCCUCCAUCGGCACCUCCCCCCCCUCGUCGCCCAGUCCGGGCGUUCGCAGCUCCGCUUCGACGUGGUGUUUGCUUCGUGGACCCUGUCGGAGCUCCCGUCGGACACCAGCCGGGCCUUGGCCACCUCCAUCAUGUGGGAGCUGGUGGCGGAGAACGGUGGCUUCCUGGUCGUGGUGGAAGACGGGUCACCGGAGGGAUCUCGGCUCGUGCGCUCGGUCAGGAAAUUGGUCUUGGAGGGGGGCGA